UAUAAGGCAAGGCAAAGGAAUGAAGCAAAUCAAUACCUUCUUUCGGACUGGAGCAGCAAGUUUUGCUGACGGAAACGAGAUAGAAUAAUGGGGUACCCGAAAUUGAUUGGAUUAAUUGCCAUCAUUGGCAUUGCGAAUGCGAUGCCCAAUGGAUUUCAAUCCAGCAGCUAUCCGCAGAAUCAAGUGAAUGCAUGGGGUCAAGCAUGCCGCAAUUUUCAGCAAUUUCAACUACAAACUCAGGCAGCUCAAAGCCAAUAUUUCUCGCAUAACUUCCCCCACAUUGGCUUGCCACCACUUCCAUUCAUGGAUGUGUGCUCGCAGAUUCCCGGAGGAGGAGGUGGCGGAGGAUUUACCCAUUCCGGAGCUGGUGCAUCAGCCGGAGCGUCGGGAUUCACAACUGCUAAUCGCUUCGGUGAUAGUAAUGGCAUCCACGGUAUUAGUGUAAGCACUGGAACCUUUCCCGGUUCUCAGUCUGGAUUCGAAACAAACAAUCGCUUUGGAGGUUCUGAUGGAGGAUCUUUUCAAGGAGUUAGCGUAAGUUCCGGAUCUUUGCCUGGUGGUCAAUCUGGAACAACCGUUACCCACUUCGGUCCUGGAGGCGGAACUGUAAGUCAUUAUCCGAAUGGUGGAAAUUUUGCAACCGCUAACAGAUUUGGAGGUGGAAACGGCGGAAGUGGAAGCCAUGGAGGUGGAAGCUAUGGAGGUGCUAGCGUUAGCACAUUUGGAUCAUCAUCAGGGGCAGGAAACAGUGGUUUCGCAACGGCUAGCAGAUUUGGUGGAAGUGAUGGUGGUGCAGCUGGAUUUAACUCAGGUUUUAACCCAUUCGGUGGAGGUAGCUUUGCAACAGCAAGCAGAUUUGGAGCUGAUGGAACCAAUGUGUAUACAGCUCAAGGACCACACGGUGCAGGAAUUAGCGUUAGCAGUGUCAACGAUGGCUCCGGUAAGGUACAUACUCAGGUUCAUAAGCAGCAAUACUAACGUUACGACAUCGGUAUUUUGAUUCUUGUGAAAUCAUUUUUGUUAACAAAAUAAAUAAAAAAAAAUACCCAGAAAUCGCUGUUGACGCAAAACACCGCUUCAA